UGAUAUUUUCUAUCACUUGCUUUCUAAUUUAAAACUCUAAAUGUACAUUUGUGUACACGAGAGAGUAAACUUUACAUUAAAGCCAGUUAUAACUGAACUUUGUAUUAUUUGGAAAGUGUAAAAACUUUCAACAGUAAGCGAGAAACAAUUAGCUUGUCAUUUUUAACAAUCACAUACGGAAAUUAAUUAAUUGUUAGUCAUUGACAAAUUAACAGCUCUUGAUAAUUGUGCUACAGCAGGCAAGUGGUCAAGGUGUUAUAAAACUAAGAGUAUACAUUUUAUAAUACAAAAAUUAAAAAUAUGGAUAAUACAACAAUGGCUUAUGAUGAAUACAGUACUGCAAACAGUUUUGACAACACAAUCAUCACGUAUUCUGUAGACAACGUAUCCGGUGGGAACGAUACAGGCUACAACACCACUGUUGACGAUUAUUCGUUUAAUGAUGAUGAAGGUGACAACAUUACAGGCAACGGAACGGACGUAUAUGACUUAUAUUACCCUGAUGAUGAGUACUAUUUCGAAAUUUACGAGUUUGAAAGAUACACACUUGGACACGUUCAACUGAUAUUGACUAUUCUGACAGCGCUUACAAACUUCUUUGUUGCGAUAUAUUUCUUGACGAAUAAAAACCGAGGAAAGGCAACCAACUUGUUGUUUGUGAGCAUUGCAUUUUCAGAUACAAUGACAGGAGUGGCGUUGCUACCGAAUAGUAUCGGUGUUUAUAUAGCCCAAAACGAAUUUUUUACAAGAGAUAUGUGCAAUGCCUACAUGAUUUCGAGGUUUUAUAUAUCCCCGUUGUUCCAUACCGUGUCCGUCUGGCAGACGGUGGUGCUUUGUAUUCAGAGAUAUAUGUGUGUUUGUCAUCCCUUUAUUUCGGGACGCAUUUGUACAUUUUGGAAAACCUUUACAAGUAUAGUUGUCAUGUAUUGCGGUGCAAUAGUGAUGCAUUCAUACCAUUUGGUGGACAAUAAAAUAGGACAUAAUCGAUGCCGGUGGCAGACUGAAACACCCUGUAAAGAAUCAUGCAUGUAUCUUUGGUUCUGCGUAGCUUUACAGCAUCUCUUGCCGUGCUUUUUAUUGGUUUGGCUUACUAUUGUCACAAUAUUAGAGCUGAGAACGGCGCAAGAAAGAGUGUCUACGAUGUCUCAUAGAAGAAGUGUCAGUCGAUCUUCAAGAGACAAAAUUAUUACGUACACCGCUGCUCUUAUUGUGUUGUUCUUCCUCAUACCUGAACUUCCUCAUGGUAUAUACAGACUUGUUUUUGUCAUAAACAAGCACAUGGGUGAAUACGAAGCAAUAAACCCCAGAGAAAACCACAUCAUUAUAUGCAUUUACGAACUUGCACUAAAUGUUAGUUUCAGUGCCAACUUCUGGAUAUACUGUUUCAUGAUGCGCGAUUUCCGGUAUGAAGUGUUCAAAAUUCUAUCAUGCGGAGCAUUCAAACGGAGCUUAGCCCGUCUACGGUCGAUAUCGUGGUCAUCUAGGGGCGGGAGCGUUCAGACUUCUCUAUCACGUACUAGUUCUAUUGCCAGCAGAAACAGGGUUUUUAGCAGAACAACGUCCGUGCACUCGACAACAUCGGAGAAUGUUCACGCUGUAAUUCCUUUGACACCGACCCGAGGAUACGACCAGAUAAACUAUAAUGAUACAGCCGGAGGCAGAGGGAGAGAUGAUGCCAUGAAUGACGACGUGUUUAUGUAAAGAGAACAGAAAAUAUUCAUAUGUAAAUAACUUAAAUCAUUAUCUUGGAUUUAGUUUAUAUAAAUGCAAGUGUGCCGCUUUUGGCUAGAUUGGGGUACAUUUUGUUUAGGCUUAAGAAACAGCAUCAUUAGCUUGAAAUGAUAUCGCACAAAACGUGUGUUGAGCUUAUAUAUUUUUUUAUUUUUUUGAAAAAGGUUUCCGAACACAACUGCAUGACUUGUAUGACGAAACCCCUAUCUUCGUGUACAUAAUUAUUUUCUUCAAAUUUUAUAACUAUAUAAUGCUUAAGUUUGAAUAUAUAAAUAUAUUCUAUAGAUAAUUUCCAUGAACUUAACAGCUAUAUAUCCAUGUCCUGCUAACCUUUGGUGUAAAUGAUUAUAUAAUGUAUGUAAAGUAUCUAUCUAAUAAAAAUAUGGAAAAAAUCUA